GAGCCGAGCCGUUACCCGGAGCCGAGCCGUUACCUGGAGUGGAGCCGUUGGCCGUAGCUGAGCCAGCGCCGAGGACAGCCGAGGACGAGUUGCAGGGAGCCGCUCCCUUUGUUCCCGAAGUUGAACUGCCCACUGAUGCUGUUCCGCUGCCGGUUCAACCGGACGUUGCCGCUGCGGCUACGGCAAUGCCUCCGCCGGCGCCGAGCCCCGAAUCACCUCCCACUCCACGACCAAGUUAGUAGCCAGCGCGUCGUCGUCGGCGCCGAUCUCGCGUCGUCAUCGACGAGGAGACGCAGAUAAGCAUGGAGGACAUGCGGCAGAACAUCCGCGAGAGCAGCACUGUGACUCACAGACGGGACAUCGUGAUGGUGUUGCCGAAGUUGCAGAGUGUCGACGUACUCUUCCGACAGCCUGGGCGUCGACUUCUUUCUGAUUGCCUACUGAGGCCAUGGAAACGGAUCCGGACUUUGCCGGAGCCAGACGACGUCGAACCCCUCGUGACUGCAGAAGAAGAGCCGAUUUCUGAACCUGCCGCUGAGCCUGUAGCCGAGCCUGUAGCCGAGCCUGUAGCCGAGCCCGUAGCUGAGCCUGUAGCCGAGCCCGUAGCUGAGCCCGUAGCCGAGCCUGUAGUCGAGCCUGCAGUCGUGCCUAUAGUCGAGCCUGUAGUUGAGCCAGCAGCUGAACCAGUGGUUGAGCCGGUGGUUGAGCCAUUGCCAGAGCUACUGGCUGUGGAGGGAUCUCCAGUCAGGAUUGGAGAACCACAGUCUAUGCAGGAGCUGCCCUCGGCUCGUGAGGAAGGCAGCCUGGAAGAGCCCAGAGAACCGAGCCUGCAAGACACCUCAGCUGCGAGUGCAGAUGGGAGGCCUGUCGGAAAGACUUCGUAA